AUAGAACCCCUGCCCCAAUAUAAGGACCUGCCAAUAGGUUCCCCGAUGUGCGGUAAGAGUUCCAUGUCCGAGAUAGAGUGCCGCACUAAAGUGAACCACGAGAGCCCCAAGGCCACCGGCCUGGACGUGGAGUGCAGCCUGGAGCGCGGCCUAUACUGCCGCGAGGCCAGGGCCGGCUGCCCCGACUUCGAGAUACGGGUCCACUGCGAGUGCGAACCGUUCCAAUGCCUGAACGACACCCGUCCUAGUUACGAGCACCCCACCAACUGCUCCAUGUUCUACGAGUGCACUCCUGACAACGCGAACGCUGACACCAUACACGCGGUACUCAAGACCUGUGCGGCCGGCACCAUGUACAACCCUAACACUAUGGUGUGCGACUGGCCCGCCGCUGUGACAGCCCUACGACCCUCCUGCGGUACUACCGACUUCGACUACCACUGAAGCAAUUACUACAACAAGUACUACAACUGAGGUAGUCACUAUCCGUGGCCGCUGUCCACCGGGACAGGUGUUCAAAGACUGCGCGUAUCCGUGCGAUCAACUUUGCGACUACUACAAACACGUACUCGUAGAGAGCGGCGACUGUACCCCGGGAAAGAAAUGCGUCGAGGGAUGUGUGAACGAAACAAGGAAAUGUGGUGACGGGUACAAGUGGCGAGACGAAAACACAUGCGUGCCCGUCAAAGAUUGUACCUGUUAUUCCGCUGGGAAGAUCGUUAAGCCGGGCGGUGUGGUAGUGGACGGUUGCGUGAAAUGUCAGUGUUUAUCUAACGAGUUGCACUGCGACUCGUCUGAUUGUAUCACGGUCGUCCACCACGAGAACCACAUAUCCAUCCUGGAGACCAUAACCCAGCCCACCACCACCACCAGCACGCCAGCGGUAACCACUGUACCCACGACCAGUUCACCGAUCAUCGUGCAGAACACCGCCUCACCUCCACCUGAGUGCUCGCCUGAUGGGUACAAAUACCUAUUAUGGGGUGAAGAUGUUAAGCCGAAGCCGAUAUUGUCCGCCAGUUCGGUGGCCAACGCUCUGUCCGAGCCUGAGUAUGCAGUACUCGAUGGACAUCCUAACGCUAUAUCCGCCGGCAGCUGGAGUCCCAAGACAAAUGACAAAAACCAGUAUAUCCAAGUGGAGUUACCGUACCCCACCAGCAUCCACGGAGUGGUGCUGCAGGGUGAGCCCGAUGUAGACAACUACGUGACCAGCUACCAAGUCAUGUACGGCGACGACGCCACCAAAUACAGUUACGUCACAGGACCAGAUGCCAAACCGAAGGUAUUCCGAGGCCCUGUGGACCACAAGACACCGAUGAAACAGAUGAUAUCUCCGCCUGUGGAAGCCAAGUUUAUACGCGUGCAGCCGCUCACGUGGCACGGGAAGAUAGCGCUCAGGCUGGAAUUGAUCGGGUGUGAGGAAGCCAUGUCUACCACGCCUGAAGAAUUACCCACCACUUCGAGCCCGAUGCAAUGCGACGAGCCUCUUGGUCUAGCUGCGGACCUGCCCAUAGAGAGUAUUGAAGUGAGUUCGAAUAACGACGCGAGGAAAUACUUCCGACUGGACGGUACACGUGGGUGGAUGCCCACAUACAGUACACCAGGGGAGUGGAUCAUGUUCGACUUCUUUUCACCCCGCAAUCUGACCGGCAUCAAAACAAAAGGUGGCCCCAAAGGUUGGGUGUCGUCAUACAAACUGAUGUACACAUCUGACUUGACUACCUUCAAUCCUGUAGUGGACAAGAAUGGAGACGCCAGAAUAUUCCCGGCGAACUUCGACGCUGACUCAGAGGUAUUAAAUCAGUUCAAGAUGCCGAUACACGCGAGGUACAUGAAGAUAUUGCCGGUCAAAUGGCACGGUGCUAUUGAGAUGAGAGUGGAGCCUAUUGGCUGUUUUGAACCCUAUCCUACAAAGACCACGCCCUUGCCGAUUGACGAAGAGACUACGGUAGCCUGUAACAUAUGUCCCAACGUGCCGACUAGUACCUGCAUAUGUUCCGGCGCCACAUACUAUGACGGAGAGACCUGUGUACCCCGCGACCAGUGCCCCUGCGUUAGGGGAUACCUUACGUAUCCUGUCGGAUCGUCGUUCCGUGGUGAGAAUUGCGACGACUGUAUAUGUAAGAUAGGCGGCGUCACAGACUGCGAGCCUGUUAAAGAAUGCCAGUGUGCGCCGAUGCUAGUACCGAAGCUAGAGGAAAAGCCAUCGUGCGAAUGCAUAUGCGCGCCGUGUCCCGCGGGGACCCGCAUAUGUCCCACCAGCAAGCUGUGCCUCGCCCACGAAAAGUGGUGCGACGGCCUGCAGGACUGCCCCGACGACGAGCGGGACUGCGCCACCACGCCCGCCACCACCCGCCAUACCGAGCCUGAGGUGGUCACCACUGUCGUGGUCACUGUCGCUGUACAACCCACCAUGUUCCUUACCACCACGCCUAAACCUGUGGAAUGUCCAGUGGUGCAAUGUCCCCCUGGUUACAUGGUGAAGUACAUAAACAGCGCGUCACACACUCGCUCGUACACGUCCGAUCUGCCGCCGCCGAGACCGAGGUACUCCUACCAACGGUACUACCGCGGCGGAGCUAAAGGGGGAUAUACUAAAGGUGGCUAUUCAAAGGGAGGCUACUCUAAAGGUGGAUUCUCGAAAGGUGGUUACAGCGGUCCGCCCCGUCCGGGUGGCGCGAGUCAAGCGUUCACGUUGGACAAGCCCACAUCCGCGCCCGCCCCCUCGUCCGCUUCCGCCCCCGUGUGCGUGCAGUUCACGUGCGUGCCCGUGCUGCCGCCCCCGCCCCGCCCCGGCGUCAAACCUGUGCCGCUGGAGUGCUCCGCGCCCGUCUGCCCCCCUCAAUACUCCUUGCGGCUGAACCUCGUGCCCGCUGGAGCCAACCAGUGCCCGCAAUAUUCGUGCGUGCCGCCUCCUCCUCGGCCGGUGUACUGUAACGUGACGGGGCGCGCGGUGAGCACGUUCGACGGCGCCGAGUACAAGUACGAGCUGUGCGACCACAUACUCGCCCGGGACACCAGGCGGGACGCGUGGACUGUACUCGUACGCAAGAAGUGUCGUCUGGAGGGUUGCCAGAACACGUUGUUAAUCCACCAAGACGACCAACUGAUCAAGGUCAAACCCGACCUGAUGUUAGAGUAUAACAACUACGAAUAUACAGUAGAGCAGACGGCCAAGAUAUGCUUCCAACGGAACAGUUUCAACGUCGCACGCGUCGGCAACGGACUGUUCAUAUCCUCCAGGAAAUAUAACUUCACGGUUCUAUUUACUGCCGAUGGAGAUAUCAAGAUUGGGGUAAUAAAAGACUACAUGGGUUACGUGGACGGCUUGUGCGGCGCGUUCGACGGUUCCCUGCGCAACGAGCAGCGGCUGCCGGACGGUAGACUGGCGACCAGCGGGGAGGAGAUGGCGGCCGCGUGGGGUCGGCCCGGGCUGCCGAGGGACGCGUGCCGCACGCGCGUCGCCCAACAGCAGGAGCAGCGGCGGGCCUGGGAACUGUGUGACGUCAUCACAAAAGAGCCGUUGUCGAGAUGUGGUAAAGUAAUGAACCUGGACAAGUGGCGCAACAUCUGCCUGGAGAAGAUCUGUCACUGCAAGGAUCUGGUGGUGAAUGGCACCAAGCGGACGGAGGAGCAGUGCCGCUGCCUAGUUGUGGAGCAGAUGGUGGCUGAAUGCUUGGCGGCCGAUAAAGAAGCCGAUAUCAGCACCUGGAGAAUGCAGCUUGAUUGUCCUGCUGAAUGUCCCCCGCCUCUGGUACACAACGACUGCUACCGUCACCGGUGCGAGCCCAGCUGUUCCGCUGUGGGCGAGGGGGGCGCGGAGGGCGCGUGUCCCGCUGUGGAGGGGCAGUGCUUCCCGGGCUGUUACUGUCCCGCCGGGACCCUGCGUGCCGGGGAUCGCUGCCUCGCGCCCCGGGACUGCCGGGACUGUGUGUGUAAGGGGGUGGGCACACCUGCCGACUACACCACAUUUGAAGGUGACACGUUUCCGCUCCUCGGGAACUGUACCUACCUCGCCUCCCGGGACAGGAACGAGACGGGACUGCACAAAUACGAGGUGUACGCAACGAAUGGCCCUUGUGAGAAUAACGCUAACGUGUCGUGCACUAAAGCCGUCCACAUCGUGUAUGAGAAAAUGGUGAUACACAUCACUAAGGAUACCGCUACUAAAAAGCUAGUGACAACAAUCGGUAAAGAGCCGAUUUUCCAAUAUCCAGUGAAAAAGACCUGGGUCACUGUAAGCCUGCUGAAUGGAAAAGACGUCUCUGUCCUGCUGACUGACGCUAGCGUUGAGGUGACAGUGCAGCAAUCCAACCUAGAAAUGUCAGUGCUAGUGCCAUCGUUCGUGUACAGCAACCGCACGGAGGGCCUGUGCGGAGUGUGCGCCGGCCAGCAGGACCACCUGCUCACCAGAAACGGCACCCUCACUGAAGACAUACAGGAGUACGGCAAGAGUUGGCAAGCGACCCCAUCAGCGUUGUCCGCGUUAGAUUUACCCGAGGAUCAGCAACAGUGUGAUCAACCGCCGCCUUCCGUCUGUCAUCUGCCCGAAGACAAUCUCUGCUACAAACUACUCAAUCCUGAAGCUUUCGGUCAGUGUCACGCACUAGUGGACCCGGAGCAGUACGUGGAGGCGUGCGAGGACGAGUACUGCGGCGGCAACAGCAGCGUGGACGUGUGCGGCGCGCUCGCGCGGUACGCGGCCGCGUGCGCCGCGCAGGGGGUCUGCCUCCACUGGAGGGAGAAGGAGACGCUCUGCCCGUACACGUGUGAGAAACCCUUCGUGUAUCGUCCGUGCAUAGACUGCGAGCUGACGUGCGAAAACCAUGAGGAACUAUCAAGGAAUCCAGAAAAAUGUGACGACAGACAGAUGGAGGGGUGCUUCUGUCCAGAGGGAAAGGUUCGUGUGAAUAACACUUGCAUCGAACCCAGCAAAUGUUUCCCGUGCGACGUGGACAAACAACACUUCGCUGGUGACGAGUGGCAGGAGAACGCGUGUAAGAAGUGCACAUGCUCGAAGUCCCGCACAGACAACACAGCGCGCGUGUCGUGCACCACGCAGACGUGCGUGUCCCCGCUGUGUCCCGCGGGACAGGACCUCGUCACGCGCGCGCCGCCGCCGGGACCCCCGCCCUGCUGCCCCCAAUAUAUGUGCAUGCCCAAACUUCAGAAGGAAUGCGAGGAGCCAAAGAGAAUGGAAUGUGGCUUUGGACAAGUACUCAAAGAGAAGACCACUGCUGACAACUGCAAGGAGUUUGUUUGUGAAUGCAAGCCGGCGAGCGAAUGUGAGCACAUCCCAACCGAUAGCGAAGUGGAACUGGAGCCGGGCAUGAAGCGUGUGACGGACAACAGCGGGUGCUGCCCGCGCGUGCGCGUGGAGUGCGAGCCGGCCGCGUGCCCGCGCCCGCCCACGUGCCCGCAGUUCCACACACUGAAGCCGCAGCAAACCAAAGCACAGUGCUGCCCUACAUAUCACUGCGAACCGCCAAAGGAUAAAUGCAUAGCCAUAUUGGAAUGGGAGGCUUCUCCGAAAGGAGGGGAAAAACAACGCCCAAAGUCUGAACAAAUGCUCAAAGAUGUGGACGAGGUGUGGAUGGACGGUCCGUGCCGUUGGUGCCGCUGCGUAUGGUCGGCGGUGGGCACGAGCACGUCAUGCUCGAGCACGGAGUGUCCGCGGGGGGAGGCCCGCCCCGACGUGGUGGUGGAGCCGCAGCCCGUGCCCUACGCGUGCUGUCCAACGCUCAGGGACGUCGCCUGCAGGGUGGGAGAGGACGUCUACAGGGUGGGAGAAAACUGGACAUCUCCAGAAAAACCGUGCGAACAAUACUCGUGCGAUAGCGUCGGCGAGGGAAAGUUGCAGCGACGAACCACACUCACUACCUGCGAUACUGACUGCUUACCGGGCUGGAAAUAUAUCCCUGCUGCGGCGGGCAGUAAGCAGUGCUGCGGCAAGUGCGAGCCGGUGGCGUGCGUCGUCGACGGUACACAACGACCCAUUGGGGAACACUGGAAGUCUAACGAUUACUGCACGCAGUUCACCUGUCUACUCACCAAUGGAACUUUACAAGUACAAAGCAGCAAUGAGACAUGUCCCGAAGUGUCGCAAGCUAUGAAGAAGCAGUUUGUAUUCAGCGAUGAGGCAAUACCAGGAAAGUGUUGCCACAAACAGGAGCCUAUAGCGUGCAGAGUUGGAAACAAAAUAUAUCAGGAAGGUCAAACGUGGCCUUCAGAGGAUCCAUGCAAGAACUUGACCUGCAGCCGUGAUGCGGCCGGAAAUCUCGUGCAGGCGGAGAGUGUGGAGACUUGCUCCAAGGAUUGUGCCCGAGGGUGGAAGUAUACAAAGCCUGGCCCGCGAGUCUGCUGCGGAAAAUGCGAACAGUACGCCUGCAUACACGACGAUCAACUCAAGGAACCAGGUGUGACGUGGCAGUCGGCUGACAACUGCACGACGUACACGUGCGCACGCGCCGGCGACGAGCUUAUCGUGUCCGCCGCCACCGACGUGUGCCCUGACGUCACCGCGUGCGAUGCUGGCGACCUCUACAACGACACCUGCUGCCAGAUAUGCAAACCUAAACCCAGUGCACUCAGUACUUGUGCGCCGGCGGCGGUAUCGGGUCCAUCUUCAGUGGGCGUGGUUCGUACCGUCAUGCGCGGGCACGGCGUGUGCACUAACGACGCGCCCCUACAAGGACUGAUGGAAUGCCGCGGCUCCUGCUCCUCUGGCACCAUAUAUAACAACGUGACUGGCAUCCACGACUCUAAAUGCGAGUGUUGCCAAGCCGCACAGUACGAGCCCGUGGACGUGCCCGUGACGUGCACGGACGGCACCCGCGCCGUGCACCGCGUGGCCACGCCCACCCGGUGCACGUGCUCCCCCUGCGGCGCCGAUACACUCUCAGGAUACGCAAAGCGACCGACGAAAAAUGGUGGCGUGAAGAACGGCGGUGGAUAUAACGUGCCAUCAUAUGACUACGAUAUUCCGGAAAUCUACCAACGCAUGAAAGAGAAGCCAUAG